ACAUGUGGCUGCCUGAUAGUUCAUACUGCUGUUACUUUAAUGGCUGAAAACAUAGCGACCAGUCUUUAAUCUUAGAAGUAGCAGAAACUUCUUUAUGCUCCCAAGCUUGCUUCUCAUUGAUCUGAGCUGCUUAUGAUAUAUGAAAGUAAAAGCUGUUUAGGAAGAGGAGCCAAACCCAGGCUCUGCUGUAAUGAAAAUGAGGGAGGGUGUACUUCAUUCAAGAGGUAAUGGGGAAACACAGCAGACAACACAAUAUUGCUCAGUCCCAAUGAUCAUGUUUUUUUAUAUUCUUAUAAUCAUGGGGAGCCAAAAUUGUCAUUAAAAUGUAUCCAAAUUUGGAAUAUUACAAAAUCCAAUAUAAAAUGUACAUGUCUACAUACGUUUACAUGCACAAUGAAGUCGUGCAACGGUCAUUGCUCGAUUGGGUAUUCAACUGAACUAUUAAUGUCCAAGGGGCAGAAAUCAAAUUACUGACGGGCAACUAACCCAGCUCAAAACCCAGCAUACAAACACUUGGGUAUGUGCAGGGUACUUUGGCCUGUUUCAGUCGAUUGAGUCGUUCACAUGACAGAGAAUAUCCACCCCCAGCUGCACUAACCAGGUAUAUUAGUCUGACUAUGAGUAGUUUGAUUUAAUGCGAUUGCAGUCAAAGUAAUGUGUCGAGGUGUACAUUAAAAGUCCAGUUUCAAUCUGAUUAUCCAAUCUUUAAAACAAUCAAAUGGACAUACUGAAAAUACAAGGGAAGCAAAGCUAAAGAGCCACAGAUUUGAGUUCAUUGAUUUGGAUCAGCUAUCUGUAAAAUAAUAGGGUGAUGAAGAUUCAGAUUAUUGCCAGAAUCAUGUUAUCAGUUGAGACCAAUAAAUGGUCUACCCCUGAAUUUUAUUAAUCGAAUGGUAAUCCUAAUAUCGGCCUUGUGCCUAUAGAUAUGAUGCCGAUUGUUGACAACUUGAUUACUCAAUCUUCCCCUCAUCUUGUCCAACAAAAAACGCACUUCAUUCUGUUUCAACUCUGUUUUUAAAAUGUUUAUAGUGUUUUCGUGUAUUUCACUGUGUCUGAGCUCCUUUUACAUGCCAGGAAAAGGUUAAAAACAGGUGAUGUGCCGCAAACAAUAGCCGACUCCUCUCUCUUCCAGCUGCCGGCUCUCCGAGCUCACUCCGGGCCGUUAUUGGUCGUGAUCGAACGGUGAUUAGCUUAGCACCUGCCACUAGGAAGCUAGCAAGCGUUUGGCGUUGAGAUAUCUUUCUUUCUGACCCACCAAGUCAAGCACUCGUAAUUAUACAACCUUUAACUCUUUCUGUGUUUAUUCCUCCCUCAGCUGAGUUAAACUGUUUGGGCUUUGUGUGCGAGCAGAGGAGGAAGAAAACCGCUGGACAGUUAGCCGCUAACAUGCUAGCAGAGUGAGCUGACGCACAAACCCCAAACUCCGGCAGGCGUGAGUGAGGAUGAACCGGGGUUGGUUUAGCAGCAUAACCACAUUUCUGCACACUGAAUACCUCUCUUGGCCUUGGGCUUUAAAGAAGGAUACUACUGCCUUCAUUUGGGCUAUAUUUAACACUUUCCAACUCACAAAACAGUCGUGUGUGGUGGUGUUAACGCGUGUUACACCGUCACAUUAGUGCCCCCAGUUUAGCUCGAGUUCACAGUUAAAGCAGCAGAUGUAACACCAACACAUGUGUCCGUCUCUCUUUAAGAACCAGUAUCUCUUCCUUGGAGAAAGAAAGAAACGUCUAGGGGGAAAUGGUGCAUUAUUUGGUGCCAUUUCUUCUAACAACGGGUAGUUUUAGCUGGGUGGGGGGUUGCAUUUCUUUGCACGGCGCUGAAGCUGUGAGUUUAGGCCUGUCUCAGCUGUGUUAGUCAUAGCAGGAACCCUCUGACACGUUUUAUUCUGCAGGGUGAGUGCAAACGUUGCAUGCAACAAUCAGGUCUGUAAUAGUGAGCUAUUUCUGCAGGGAGUCGGUGGUUCAACUUCAAAGUUGGGGGAGAAACGAGGCUUGUGCAAGAGAGGCGUUGUGGGGUAUGUGACACUCAUUUUAGGUGGGAUAUGUACUAAUCAGAGGAGAUAACCCACUGUGAUCCUAUUCGGUGACAUACCUUUAACAGCAAGGCCUUCGUUCUGGCGCCAUCUUCUUGAAGCCUAUGAAAUCCAAACAGAGAACUGCAAGUAGAGGACAGACAACACACAGGCGGUUCCGUGUUACUCACAGGCUGUCAUAUAUGUUAUUUUAAACUCUUACCAGAAGCAUAAACGCAGAAUAAAGCAACAGGACACACUGCUUUUCAUAGUAGAUGGUCUAACCUGUCAAUUUCGGCCAGGCUUUCUUUUUCUGGCGUUGUUAGCUUCGGAAAGUCCUCUUCGAUUUCAGUCGCUGCUCCCGACGCCAUUUUCUCCUCGUCAUUACCAGCAACGCCGAGACUCCGGGCAGCAGCAGAGGCAGCGGCUGUGAGCGACACCCCGCACGAUUUCAUGGGAAAGAAACGGGAAGGUCGAUGGAACCGAGCAAUUCCGGCAGAAUGCAAAAACAGCGAAUAUGUUGCACAGCUAUCCAGGACUAAAACGGGGCGUAGCGUAAUUCUUGCCAAAUCCUCAAGGAAAUGAUCCCUUCAAGUUACCUUCCACACUCUUCAUUGUACAUCGAAACACUGCGUGUAUUCCAGUGGCAAUUUAUGCAUGGAGUUGAUGUAAUGUUGGGUUUUGGAAGGGAGUGUUACUUGAUAAUAUCUCAAACUUCCCCAACCAUCGGCUCAAAGUUGUUGUAAUUGUGUCACAUAGGCAAACGCACGCCGCCACCGUCGACACGCCCUCCGUUCGUCCUGACCAAUCAGCGGCCGGGAUACGUAGUCACAUGAGCGUCUCCAGUUGAUGUGUUGCGAACACGCGGACGUACGCGCGCGCACACACACUAAACGGGCUUCAAAGAUCCGCCUCUCCGAACGUGAUUGGUUACUCACGGUAUAUUAUGAUUACGUAACUUUCUUUUGAAGCAGCGCAUUGGUCAAAGUGGCUGUCACUCACGUCCGUGGGGGGCGGCUGUCAAGGAUGUUUGUUGCAACGUUGCAAAUACAGUAGUAUCAAUCCAUCCAUCUAUCUAUCUAUCUUUCUAUCUAUCUAUCUAUCGAUCUGUCUAGAUCGAUAGAUAGAUACUUAGAUGUCUGGACUUCUCAUCUUUCGUCAAAAUCUCAUGAUUUGUAUGUAUUUGUAUAUAUUCUUGUUGUUUGCAUUUGCUUUCUCAGCGUAAACAUAUGUUUCAAAUGCAAAUAAAGUCUUUAAAAUUUUAUAUCUUGUAAACAUUUUCAUAAUACAUUUCUGCAUUGUUAUUUUUAUGCUUCUGCUUUAAAACUAAACCAUAUUAUAACCUUUGAUUUUGCUCUGGUUGUUUUAAUCUAUUUUUUAAAAAUGAUCAUUAAUGGACUAAUUUAUUGAUUUUAAAUGUCACCUGAUUUUAUUUUUUCCAACCUAUUGAAUUCUCUUGUAGAAAUAAACAGUUUUAGAUGUACAAAUAAAUUUGCCUUGCCUUAGAAAUAGGUAAACUGUGAUAAAUAGUAUAAUAAAUAGAAAAGUGAUUGUGUGCGCACCAGCAAGUCUAAAUGUACAGAUAUUUUGAUAGUUAAAGUUUAUGUGUUAAUUUUUUUAAAAGUGGGAAUUAUUCUGCUUAUCCACAAACCUUUGCUUUCAGUUUUUUAUUUGUUUGAUAGUAUAGUGACAAGUAGUGUACCACUGUUACAUUUUUUAAGCAUUGCUGCAGAUUUUAUGUCAUUAUUUUGAUUUCUGUGACCCAGUGCCACCUAUUCUUAAAGUCAGUUUGCUUUAAGUUUACCCUGUCUCUAAACUCAGACUGUUAUUCUGCAGAACUGCAUAAUUUUCCAUCAAAGUUUUGCAUGCUCCAUUCCCUUUUAUAUGCAAACAUAUAAAACAUCAAGCUGUUUUUACUGCAAUUGUUUAGCAGAUUUUUAAAGUAAUGAAGACAAGCUUGGAUGGAUGACUGAUUAUUAAGGGAGGAAAUUAAGAAACUGUUCUGUCAGACAGCAAACCUGAAGGUGAUGAGUGAGGAUAGCUUACUGUGACACUCUUGUUUAUUUUCCAUAACAUUAUUCCCCACCAUAACCAUUGCGUUGUGUUUCUGUUGCAAUCCCUGGGGGGUAGCAUAUGGAAAACAGAAAGCUCGUUUAUUAUCUUUUACAGACAGCAAGAAAAAUUAUAUAUCCCUAUCCUGACUGAAAUCACCCACCCUUCUGUGGUGAGGCAAGUGAAAUUAUAAAGGGGGAAAAUAACAGAAAAAAUCAUGUAAAAUAGACUUACUCUCAUUUUUUAUAGGAUAUUGUUGUUGCUAACUUUACCGUAGAUUACUAACAAGUUAGGGGGAGAUACUGACUUGUAGUAGAGGGGUGGACUGAGGCAUGAGUCAAGGGGCUCUGCACAUAGACAUGUCCAGAAAAUGGGUUACAAUUGUCGUAGUCCUACCUGGUUAAGUCACUCCUGUACCAAAGAGAACAGCAUAAGUGUCUCACCUGAUUAAGAAGAAAAAGAACUGGACCAUUGCUCAAAGGUCCAAAGUCCUGUUUUCAGAUUAAACUUAAUAUAGCAUCUCAUUUGAAAAUCAAGGUCUCUGAGAUUAGCAAGGCCUCCUCAAAGGAGCUUUAAUUUCAGGUAGACUAUUUCAUUUCUUUUUCAUGCUGAUGGAAAGAUUAUUCAAUAAAAAUUGGUAGUACUAGCUCUUAAACUAUAACUUCCUGUAAAUAUGUCAAUUGUGCUGUCUUACGAAGACAGGGUAUGGCUCUGCUUUCUUUUAGCAGUAAAAUGUGUCACAGUGUAAAAGACUCUGCAGUUCGACACCUUACCCCUGCCAGCACUAUCAGGCAUUAAAAUUACAGUGAAGAAAUUCUCUGUCUGAAUGUUGAUGGUCUUGUUCCAUUUCCUCCUGUUUUUUAACCAGGUAAAAACUCCUCAAGGGAGCUUUAAUAGUUACUGUGUUUUUAAACUAGUCCUAUUCCGGUCCUUUAUCUUUUUUCGGCUUUACUGUCUUUUUAGCUUUUGUUAUACUUGUACUCUUUUCUUAAUGAACCUUUUAUAGUUUUAUCUCUUGCUCGUUUCUUUUGCUCUAUUUCAUCAUUACUGUUAUUAUCAUUAUUAUUAUUAACGUUAUUAUUUUAUUAUCAUUGUUGAUAUUGCCUUUUAUAUUUACUAUCCUGUUUUCGCUUUCGACCCCCCUUUCAAUUGCAUUUCCUUUUUUUUCUUAUCUAUUUUAUGUUUUUAUUUUGGUCCUCAUGGUCUCAUUUUAUGUCACAUGGUUCUUGUAUUGUCUGGGUUCCUUAUGACAUGAAAAUGACCUUCAAUUCCAUUUUUACUGAGCUUUUUGUUUUCUGUCUCUUUCCAUGUGCUCUAUGACUAUAUGUCAAAGCACUUCGUAAACUUCUGCUAUACAAAUAAAGUUAUACGGUUAUUAUUAUUAAUAUUAUUCCAAACAAUUGGUAUUCCUUAAAAAUGCUACAAAGCUACUUUAAAAACUGACAUGUUACACACAGUUAAAAUUUUGUCAUAACUGGAAAAUAAAAGUUGUUCAUUUCAAUAUUUAGUUUUUUUUUCCUCCAACAAAGGGCAAUGAACCUUUUUCAGAUUUUUACAGCUCUCUAACCUUUGUUCUUCCGUCCUGAGAUUAUUUUUAUGAUUAUUGCAGAGUCUAAUCAUCAUCAGCAGACAGACAGACAGACAGAUUUUCCUCCUUGUGUCUCAGUUUCUCUUUUACUUUGAACGUCUCAAUUAUGGAAAUGACGCCGGACGUUCAGGCAGCUGAGGACUGACUCCAAAAUGGCGAACCACGACAAGGGUAAGCAGGCCUAUAAAGUAAUCACAUCCCUCUCUAACUGGGAUCAUAUGUUGAUUUCGGCAUGAAUAAUGAGUCGUAGUAUGUUUUAAAACUACUGUCUAAUCUUUUGUACCGUUAAAAACCCACUUCUCCCUCUGGCUUGUCUCUAGUGUGUUCCGACGCAGCUUCAACGGCUAACUUUUCCACUGUCGCUUAGCUUCACUUGUCCGAUGAUGCUAAUGUUACAUUCAUGUGCACCCUGAAAUGUUAGGUUUCCAUAGUUUCCGAAGCUAUGGGAUUUUGUCUUAAUAUUUUUGUCUGCCAGCCCAAGACAUGUUUAAAGCCACCACGUUAUAGCCUUAUCUUCUGUCUACCAGCCUAAAUUGUUGUAAGCAAGCAACUACAAGCAUUUAGACUGAAGCUUUUUGAUGUGUCAUAUUUAAUGCUCGCUAAUUUAUUCAAAAAUUUUAGACGUAAAGUCAGAAUUAAUCUUAGUUCGCUUUGUCUCCAUGGAGCAUGACACCAAGCCUGUAAAAUGCCCAUCGUCUUCACCUGGAGUUGCUGGAAACUAUUUUUUCCAGAUUUUUUCAAGAGCACAUGAACGCAUAGUCAGAAGUUAACUAUGAUGUUGGUAGCAAGCUUUCUCCAUCUGGUGUACAAACAGCUUUUUAAAGAUAAAAGUUAAUGGUUAGAGUUAUGAUAGUGUCGGGUUUCAAUGUUGUAUCUGUCGCUACUGUAGGCUCACAGUAUUUUUCCAUGCAGCUAAAGAGCUGGAGGAGGAGAUCUACGACAAGGUGGUGGACCUGACAGAAUAUGCCAAACGACAGAGAUGGUGGAACCGCCUGUUUGGGAAAAACUCUGGACCUGUAGCGGAGAAAUACUCCGUGGCCACACAAAUAGCCAUAGGAGGAGUGAGUGGAUGGUAAGAUUCAGGGUCUACAAUGAUAAGCUUGAGAGCUACUUGAAAAGUAUCUGCGGAUGGAUAGGAGUGCACAGUACUGCUUCAAAAACAUACUGCUAAUGCACCUAAAAUAUCUGCUUAGAUUAAGGAGUAAAACUACAGGCUUGACAAGUGGUGGAGUUAGUGUGUAUCAUAGUAAAGCAUUCCAUUUGCAAGACUAUAGCCAGAUACUUCUUCAGACCAUCAAGGACUUCACAUUUGAAGACUGAAAUGCAGCAGGCUGCUUCCAAAAUGGAUCAAAAUAUAACAUGUAGGCUACCACAAAAGGCAACAUGGCAGCAAUAUUCUCAGCUGAGUCUUUUUUAUAGGUUUGCCAGAGCUUACAAUGGUAUAAAACCUCCAAAUGAUAAUGGAAAAAGGAAUUAAAGUCAGCUUUUUUUUUGUAAACAGUCAGACACCUGCCUUAUUGAAACAUGAGCCCUGGUGAUAGUAAUGUUGCAUCAGCAGGAUUACUCUUCAAACCAAGAGACUUUUACAUAGCAUGAGAUAUAUAGUUCAUCUGUUAUUAAAUAAAAGGCAAGUAAAUUUUUUUUCACUGGCCAUGCCUUCACAAUGAUCAGGAUGCAAGAGAAAGCAGCGUAAAGAUAAACUUCCUCUCCUUUUAUCACCCCUAAAUUGUUUUUCAAAUCCAUAUUUGUGUAUCGCUGGACCACAUGAAAAUUACUGCUAGUUUUAGUUAACUACUAGUUUUUUCUAUACCUUUUACCUACAAACAGAACUUAGAGUUAUGUAGUUUGAGUCAUACUUUGUAUUAACUUGACCUUCAUGCUCUUUCUUGAUUGAUUUCAGGUGUGCAGGAUAUCUGUUCCAGAAGGUGGGAAAAGUUGCAGCGACAUCAGUGGGAGGAGGUCUGCUGCUGUUACAGGUAGUCUUGCUGUAGCCAAGGAUGAUUUCAUUCAUGCUUUGGCUUUUGUUUAUUUUCCUGACCCUAGUUUUUCAGUCUGUUAAAUUACUGAAGAGUUGACAAAGGUGUUUCCCUACAUGUAUGGCGAGAUUCCUAAAUGUUUUGUAUUGUCUGCAACCUAAUUAUUCUGUUAAUUUAACAAAAAAAAAUAUUCUUUUAAAAUACUUGAUUUACUUGCUCAGUAUUGACCAAAAGGUUCAAAUAAAAUCACUCAGGGUAGGGUUUUCCACACUGCAAAAGUUUGAGCAUUUUAAGUGUUUAAUUAACCUGACUCUCCCUAGAUUGCUAACAACAGCGGCUACAUCCAGGUGGACUGGAAAAGAGUAGAGAAGGACGUCAACAAAGCAAAGAAGCAGCUAAAGAAAGGCACUAAUCAAGCAGGCCCUGAGUUAAACACAUUCAUGGAGAAGGUAAGAAUAUUAGAAUUAAUCUAUCUCACUGAUAAUCACACCACAUGGUCAUUUGACCCCCUCACACUGUCUACUUUUGGUCAUGCAGAAUAGUUAUUAUAAAACUUUUGAUGCAAAAACAUGCCGGCAUGCCUGCAAACCUCCACCAACACAUCGAAUGUUGAAAGUGAGAAAUUUCAUGUUUUAUAUGAUUAGUUUAAAUUUGAUGACAGCAACAUGUGUCUUUUAGUUCUAACAGGGUCAUGUUUUCCAUUUAUUAGGGAACAACUUAUCCCUCUUUCUCUUUGUAUGGUUCAGUUUUAACCUGAAUUUGUGAAUGCAGUGAUCAACUGUGGACACAGACAAUGGUUUCCAGAAGUGAUAUAAAGCUUAUGCAGUAAUUUCCUCGACUGGAUCCUUUUUUCCACAUUACACAAUAUUUUUCCAGUUUGGUUGUUCCUCUAACAACUUUUUGCUGGCAUCAUAUUUAAUAUGAGCAUAUAUUUGUCAUAAAACAACCAGAUAUUUCAGUUUGAACACUGAUAUGAUCAUAACAAAGCAGAACACCCUCAGCACAUUAUCAGUUUCCUCACUUGGACUGCCUGCCUGUCUGGUUUCAAAAUGUCUUUUUAUCUCCUCACUUAUUUUUCUUGCAUUUUAGUGUGAAUUGAAUUUUGGCUGCUGUUUUUUUUAAUUUUUAUGUAUAUUUAACAAAAAAUUUGACCUCCUUUUUUUCAGACCACAGAGUUUGUGAAGAAAAACAUCGUCGUCACGAGUGGUUUCAUUGGAGGAUUCCUGCUCGGCUUGGCCUCCUAGGAUCUGCCAAAUAAGAAGAGUUUGCAUUUCUGGGAUUUAAUGAAAGCUAUCGGGAAACUGUUUAAAUCAUUGCUGGAAGCAUUUUUAACAGCAAGCAACCAAUCUCUGAUCGUAGCUCUAAGCUAUGUGUCUCUGUAAAAGCUGCACAUCUUUUUGUCUAUUUUAAAACUGCACCCCUGUGUGCUGAGCACUGUGGGAUCUAUGGUUAGACCAGAUUGACCCACUUCGAAAACCACACUUCCAGGCUAAAUAAGAAUACAUAUCAUGCAAGAAGAAUUUAAUAAAAGCUAUGUCCUUUAAUAAAGGUAUAAUGUUCAAUUUUUUUCUAUUUAUUUGUUUUUUUUUAACUAUGUGAACCAAAUCUGAACAUUAUGCACUAUUACUGCUCACACAUGCACACGAACAUUAAAUGAAAUGUAUGUAGAUUCAAAUUUACCUUUACAUAGUAGGUAUCGCCCAUUGGUGCCAUCAGUCCCAGUGCUGAUUUUAUUUUUAUUGUCUAGCUGUUUAAUCAUCUCCUAGGUGAAAAUAUUUAAAGAUGAAGUAUUCUGCCUUUCUUUUUUGAGUUCCAGCUACAUGGUUGAUGGGUUAUAUCAGUGUCCCUUGCAUCUCUCUUUUCAUUGUGUUUGGACUGUUGGUAUGCUGGUUCUUUAGAUACUGAGAGUUGUAUCUAUUGUGUAUGUUUGACAAACUAAUAAAAAAAAUAAGAAAAUCAACUGAAGUGUAUCUCAUUCAUUAUAUAAGGUUUAUAGCACAAUCUCUGUAAAACAGUUUGCAUGUCACAAUAAGCAACAGUAAUGUAUAACUAUCUCAGGCUGUGCACCACACGAGGUGCACUUCACAUGCAUGUUUACAAACCUUAAAAUUAUGUUGCAUGGGUAAAUAUUCUGAGUUAUUUUUUCUCAAUACACAAUCUUGGAAGCAGUAAUUUUACUGUUACCCAGCACUUUUUGCAGAGAUCUAGAAAUACCUUUGACAUUCUUGAUUAUAAGUAUAUUUGUGCAUUUUCUUUCUAUUAUAUUACUCCAACAGUGCACAAACCCAAGGGUCUUUUCAUUCACAAAAGUACACGACCUGAAAAUCUGGUAAAAGAAGUGUCUUAAGACUGAGCUUUUGGGUUUCUUUAAAUUGAAUUAAAGCUCUAUAUGUUUGUCUUCAAGCUCUAAACUCAGUUGUAUUUUUUUAUAUCAAGUGGAUUCCAUUUUAUUGUAGUUUAUUUCUUUUUUAUGCGUUGUAAUGUAUUUAAUGAGUUUUUUUAUUGAAAUAAAGCUCUAUAUGUUUAUUUUUAAGCUCUUAA